UUUGGUCAACAAUGCUGGAGUGUGUGUGAACUUCGGCGAGGCAGAGCUGUCACUGAUGUCCAACUUCCGUGGCUGCAUGGAAGUCAAUUUCUUCGGCACGUUGUGCGUCACCAAGAACUUCUUGCCGCUGGUGCGACAGGCUAAAGGACGCAUUGUCACCAUCUCCAGUCCAGCUGGUGACCAGCCGUUCCCAUGCCUGGCAGCAUACGGAGCAUCCAAAGCAGCUCUCAACCUCUUCACCAACACGCUGAGGCACGAGUUGGAGCCCUGGGGAGUCCAUGUGUCCACCAUCCUGCCUUCCUCGUACAAAACAGGUCAUUCCAGUAACCAAACCUACUGGGAGCAGCAGCACAAGCAGCUACUACAAAGUCUGUCCCCGGCAUUGCUUGACGAAUACGGUGAGGACUACAUGACCGAGACCAUGGAUCUGUUCCAGAGCUUUUCCAAACAGGCCAACCCGGACCUCAGCCCGGUCAUCAACGCCAUCGUCCAGGCGCUACUGCAGCCACAGCCACAGGCGCGUUACUAUGCCGGGCCAGGCGUCGGCCUCAUGUACUUCAUCCACAGCUACUGCCCGUUCAGCAUCAGCAACCGCUUCCUCCAGAAACUCUUUCUGAAGAAGAAGCUGAUGCCACGUGCACUGAGGAAGCAGUCAGGUCUGGAGAUGGGCCUUGGCCUCCACCACCUCUAUAACAACAACAACAAUGAAGAAAAGCUGCAGCAGCUGUGAGGCUGCGGACUGUCCACCUGCAGAUAGAGGACCACUUCUGUAACUCACCUAUAGAGCCGUAACCUGUCCUUCUGUUUGUUCUGUAACUGUUGAAGGGAUCACAGUGGUUCACCCACGUCUGAUUCCACCCACACGGGGUGAGGACUGACGUGGACUUCAGGGGGCGGAGUCUGGUAGAGGUAAGGAAGCAGCUACAGGUUGCUGCACAAACGCACUGACUUCAUGUGCCUUCAUCACAGAGCGCUGAGCGAUCCACACCAGCAGCGUCUGUCUGCCCCGUACGUUCAAGAGAAAACUGAUUUAUUUCCAGUUGAUCAGGAUUUGUCUCAGAUUAAUCAGGGUGCCAGUCCAGCUCAGUGGAUCAGGUUUGAUCCCACUGUGAGGACAGAGCUGAACCAUCUGUUGACUCAGAGCCAGAGAAUCUUCUCUAACACAACGUACAACUUAUUUAGGACAGCAGAAGCAGAAGAUGUUCUGACAGGUUCAUUGUGUCACAUCUCAGAGCAGACCCAGAUCCUCCAGCUGAGACUGGACCAGGUGUUAUUCUGAUGUCACGCACAGGUCAGACUCCUGACCCGACACUGAUCCAACUGCUCCUGCUGCUCGCCGAGGCUGACCAUCAGCCAAAAAGCAAAUCACAGAAAGAACCGGAUCUGAGUGUGGAGUCCAGGUCAGACCUGGAUCUCACCUUAGACUAGGUAUGUCAGAGCAUCUCCAAUAAAUCCUCAGAUUCACUCACAUAGCUCACAAAAAUAAUGAGCAUUUUGCUCAGUUUAAUAAAAGUAUUUUUGAUCUGUUUGAUGACGUGUAAGAAAAGGUGAGGCUCAUGAAAACACUUUAAUCAAUCCCCUGCUUCACUCGGGCAGCUGCACAUUUUUAGUCACCAAACAUUAUCACAGAUGUCCAAUUUUAACACCAACCAGAACAUCUGGAACACCACAUGGAUAUCUGAUGAGCCUUUGGCCUUUAGAAGAACAAACUCCACCCGCCCAGGCUGCCAGGAGUAUUGAAACAUGUGCACCCUGCAGUUCUGAGUCUCACUCCUCAGACACACCAGUGAUCUGCAGGUACUACUCUGAAUAUUAACAAAAUAAAAGCACGCACUAUGUUUGAUGGGGUCCAGUUUAUUUUAAACUC